CGUGGGCACUAUGAACAGGGCGGAUUCUUCGCGACAGCCACACACUGACAGUCUGCUUCUGGAGGAAAAACUCAAGAUUAAUCUGUUCCGUCAGACGCAGGAAGAUGCUGCGACCCAAACCACCGUGUUACCUGAAGAUGUCCGGCAGCUCUUGGUGAUUAAAGAAGAAGCUCCCUGGAGCCCGUCUCUGGAUCCAGAGUACCUCCAGAUCAAGCAAGAACCAGAAGAGUGGGACAGUGAGGAGGAGGAGGAGGAGGAGGAGGAGGAGGAAGAGGAGGAGAGCAUCAGUGACCUCCCCUUUACUGAAGUUAUUGUAAAGAGUGAAGAUGAAGACGAGGAAGCAGAUUCCUCUCAGCUCCACCAAAGCCACACCGAAUCUUCAUCCAGUGAAUCAGCUGAUGAAGUUAAAACUGACCAAGAUGAGGAACACUGUGAAGAAGAAACUGAGUACUCAGAUCCUCACAGACUGUUUACAAAAAGUAAGAACGCAAAUAAUUCAGACCCAACUGAGACUGAAGUCAGUGACUGCUGGCAGAAAUCUUUAUCAGGCAAUGGACUUCCUGCUGAGGACACUGUUCCAAGAAUUGAAGGACAUAAAUCCAUUGUUAAGUCUUUUUUUUGCCCUGAAUGUGGCACACAGUUUCACCACAGACAGUCCCUGCAGCGACACAUCAAGCGUUAUUUACACAAAGGCUCUUCUGGUUGCUUGUUGAGCAAAAAGUUUUUACGACUGAAGCAAAACACAGACUCACAAACGGGAGGAGACAAGCUGUUUGGCUGCGAUGUUUGUGGCAAGCGAAUGAAAUACCAGCAUAACCUGAAGACUCACAUGAAGGUCCACACAGGGGAGAAAUCCUUCGCUUGUGACGUUUGUGGUCAAAAGUUUACACAUCAGCAAAAUCUAAAGACUCACAUGAGAAUCCACACAGGUGAGAAACCGUUUGUCUGUGACAUUUGUGGCAAAAGAGCAAGGCAUCAGAAUAAUCUGAAGAUACACAUGCGAGUCCACACAGGAGAGAAGCCGUUCAGCUGCGAUCGCUGCGGUAAAAGAUUCAAACGAAAGGCGCAUCUCACGACACACAUGACGGUGCACACAGGAGAGAAGCCCUUCGCCUGUGACAUCUGCAGCAAAAGAUUUAACCGCAAAUCACACCUGGGGACGCACAUGAUGGUGCACUCAGGAGACAAACCCUUCGUCUGCGACGUCUGCGGCAAAAGAUUCAACCGGAAAACACACCUGGACACACACAUCACGGUCCACACGGGGGAGAGGCCAUUUUCCUGUGCCAUUUGUGGGCAAGGAUUCACCCAGCAGGGGAGCUUGAAUAGACACAUGAGGUUUCACCUCGGGUAGACACAGCUACCGGGGCAGGAUGGUUUGAAAACCUCAAGACAGUGUGUUUUUUCGCCAGGAUACCCACACCUGCUGUGAUUUACUCUGGAUGUAUGCCUGUA